ACUUGAUAUAAAUGGAAUAUAAUACAAGAUAAUAUAAAAUGGACAAUUGUGUGUCGACUACCACUGAUGUGUGCACGGAGUAUCAGAUGGGAGGACACGCAGACAGACGAUGGCUAUGGCUGACAUGAUCUACAAAAGCAACGGCACAUCAGAGAAAAAUGUCAAGCUGGCGGCGUUAGCCUCUGGGCCGCAUGCUGGACGACAGCGACCCUUCCCCUUCCCCUUCCCCUUGCCCUCAGCAGCGCAUCAGAUUCAGAGCACGACAGAACAAGCAGGAUGUACAGCGUAUGAAUACAGUACUGCAACUCAUACAGCAGUGUUGUGCCUCACGAAUUUUCCAGCCAACUACCGCUCGUCUGCCAGGAUGCGAUACUGAAAGGCGUAUCAGAUCUCCGAGACCUGGUUCAUUGUCAAGUCUUAAAUGUCCGUGAGUGGUCAGCAGCCUGGUAAAAGGGGAGCGUUUCAGUCGGGCAGAGCCAGGAGCCAGCAUCAGAUCAAAAACGUCUUUGUCCAUCAACCAAGACUAUGGCACACAUCAUCUCAGUGGCAAGUGGUGACUGGCAGGGACUCCCGCGAAUUCGAUCCAGCGCCACUCUCCGUCUUAAAAACAGUCUGUCUGGAGAUUCUUCGAUGCCUGUCCAAGCUGGCGGAGCGACAUCCGAGUUCCUAUCUACAUACCACUGCGAUUUCCAAGCGAGAGGAAUCCACGGACAUCUGGCAUGCUGACGAUAUAAAAUGAAUGCUAAUUGCUGCAUCCUGCACUAAUAUUUCCGAGCAUCGUCGGAUUCAGGCACAAGUUCCCAAGAGGGACUGGAUGCGGAUAGAGCCCUGUCCAAUAGCGCCAUUAACAAAAGGGUACCUACCUGCCAUUACCUGCAUAUAAAAUUGAGGACUUCAAACCAUGUCCAUGUUUGCCCUGGAAGGUUUGUACCUCAGUAUCAAGUUAUCAUCAGGAACACCGCUUCCCAACAUGAUGGACAGAUCGACAUGAGCCGUUGACGGUGUUGUUCUGCAGCAGAUGUUCAAGGUUUCUGAUCGUCCACCUUGCCUUUCAUCUUUCGUCGUUCGUCUGCGUUACUGGCUCUGCUCGAGCCCCUUCCUCGGCUUGCAUGAGCUUUGUGAAACAGAACUGUACGUGGUCUGCAGAAACCCCAUGUCCAGGGAUGGCAUCGUAACUUGGAAUCAAGCACAGCCAAUUAUCGCAUUAGGACCAAGGGUGAGCCUUUGCGCGCCCAUGGGGAGUGGUCAGUGGUGGCACUGGUGUAAUCAUUGCAAAUCAAACAUAUUCGACAAAGGCAAACGCAAUUUUGGCUGGUACGUGCUUGAAAGUUUUCCUCAGCUAACUUAUCGACCCCUUUACAUUUCGAGACAGUACUACUUUAGUAUCCCGUCCUAGCAAACCCCCCUUUUCCUUAAACAGCGCGACCAGGUAGGCAAGCAAAGCGAGCCUCACCAUCAACCCUUCCAGAAACGUUCCAUCUCAUCCUCCUCCACCAGACUCGCCACCACAAUAAUAAUCACCAUCUCAUGUUUCACUUCCACCUCCCUAUAUCAAGUUCUCUAUACCUCAAUCCAGCGCCAUCAUGUGCGCUCAGUAGUGGAUACAGAGCGGCGGCACAAGCACUAAAAGUCAAAAAGGGGAACAAAUCUUUCCGAGCCGCUUUGCUUCUUGGGCUUCAUUUUCAUGCGCUAUCAAGAAAAAGGAAAGGCACCUCGAUCAGAUCAUCCCUUUCCACCUGACUUCAUCUCAUCUCAGAUUGAUCAACAGGUAAGGUAGGUAUUCAUCGUUGGUCGAUUUAAACCAGGGUUGGAAAUCUCGCUCUUCAGAGCUGGUGGAGUACUGAAUCUCGCUUCUUUUACUUAUACUAUGCUUCAUCCACUUCACAACACAACAGGCAAUGCAGUGCAAGCAAGCAAAAAAAAAAAAUGUGUAUUUCUUCCUUCAAAUACCGAACACCAAAGUGUACAAGCGUGCUGGCAGUUCGUAUACGCAGUGGAGCCCCGGCUACAGUUCCCGCAUUGGGAGAGCGAGUGCGCAACAUCGGCCUUUGUUCACAAUUUGAGAUGCUGGAAUGAGACAUGCGCAUGUUAUACCUGCGUACUUAAGUUAUUUAGUAGUAGUAUGCAGCCUCCCGUGUACAUGUGUCAUUUGGUAUUCUGGGAUUACAUCACUUUGAAAGAAAAAGGGCUUUGGUGAUACAGAGGGGCGUGGUGUUGGCUUGUUCCCGGGACUAAAGUGAUCGUUCUAUUUCUGCUGGACUUUUCAGACAAUGAUGGGAGUACCUGCCCUCGCUGUUUGCAACAAGUUCAAUCAGGAUGUACCCCGGCAUUGUCAAAGGACUGAAGUGCUCUAAGAUGCCAUGGAGACAAAACUACCACUACUUUCUUGAACCUUCUCCUUCGCUCCAAACGGAUACCGCUUCUACUGGUGUUGCCUGAAAACAUGGUCUGAGCAGCUAGGUCCAAAGCUCUCGGGAAGUGUAUUUGUUUUGUAAUCAUGAUUUGCUCUUUAUUGAGUCGAGCUAUCUUUCUCUCAUAGCUUUCUGUUUGUAUCAACGGACCAACGGUACAGGCAAGCAAGCUGUAAGGCUGAAUCAGGCUAGUUAUGUACUUUCGUUGUCAUAUCGGAUCCAAAUCCAGAAUUCCUCUCGCUAAAGUUCUUGUUCGUAACUUCCCAUCCAGAAGCAUACCUAUCUACACUCAGUCUGAACCUAUGAAGCUAUCAUGAAGCUGGCAAGUGCCACCCAUCGUUCUUUCCAAGAUAACCAGGUCGUAGAUCCAUGGGUUGGCAAACAUGGAAUUCUGUCACCCAGGUGGUGCAUUUCCAUUCUUAUCCAUUUCCUAGGCGUCAAUAUCACAACCUCACAACCUCCCUAUUAACCACAACAAAGUCGAAAACUACCACAUACUCAAUUCCUAUCCAUCUACAAGCACCGAGGCACUAGAAUGUCUGCGCACCAUCACCACAGCCCUCUCACCCCUCAACCCAAAACACCCACCUUCCACUCCCGCAUCAACCGUCACGCUCUCACCAGCAGCAACUCACCUACCAGCCCCUCACACCACCAUCUCACCCCCUCAGAACUUCUCAUCCUCAUCUUCGCGCUCGGCGUUCUCGUCGCCCUCGUCUCAUGGCUCGUCUGGAUCAUGGUCGAGUUCUGCAUCACGUUCGUGAAAGAGAAGGUCGACGAUAUGGAUUUUGGGAAGAGAAUGCGUAGGGAUAGACAUAGGGCCGAGCAGGCUCCGAAAAAGGCGCUGGAUGCGGGUGUGGUUUUCACGAGGAUGGGACUUGGCGGGUUGGCGGAGAUUGGGGGGAGGAUCUUUGGGGGAAGGAGGAAUGGAGAAAAUGGACAUGAGGGUCAUGGGGAGGGGUGUGAGGAGGGGAGAGGACUGUUGGGUGAAGAGAGGGAGGGUAAUGGUGCGAGAUGUGGGUAUGGUAUUUUUGAUGGCAGGCAGGGAUAUGGGUAUCAUGAGGGGAUGCUAUAUCCUUCGGGUACGGGACCGGACAGAUUGAAGUAUGCGGAUGGAGCGAGUGAGAGUAGUGGUUGUGUUGGACCGUUGCAUGGUCACAGGGAGGAGUGUGUUGGUGAGUGUACGCUUCAGACUAGAAGACGCAGUCGGGAGUCGUAA